GUCUUAGCAACACAUUCACACCGAUCACCUCUUUGCUGCGUUGUAUCUUUUGUAUGCCUUUUAUUCGUUUUUCGACAUUUUUAUAAUUUUAUUGUGUCGUAAAAAUCAGUCUAACACAGUCAAUAGAGAGGAGUCUUCGUAACGAUCUAAGAAAAUUAUUAUUUUUUCUCCUCUGAAAUAAAAACUAAUCUUGUGCCGUGUUUGUGCCAUCACUUUUAAAGAAUAAAAUAUUGACUUAACUAUUUACAAAAAGAAUUAAACAAAAAAAAACAUCUUCACCGAGGAAAACGAACUCUUAAUACAAUUUAUUGGUUCAUAGAGUGGUAACGUGUAUUCAACAAGUGGUUUCUUUACAUCUAUGUGUAUAGUUUUACGAAUAUAUAAGAAGAAGAAAAAAAAUUUUGUGUUUAAAUAUGUGAACAAACAAUCUCCUAUCACCAAAUACACAAAGUGAUUAAAUUAACAAAUUUUGAGAUUCUUAAUUGGUAACGUGAAUUGAGCGUAUAGACUUUGCUAAAGUAUUAUUUUUUUUUCGACAAGUUUAUUUUGUGUGGAGCAAGCAAUUUUUACAUGUAUAAGUUCGAGUGUAGUAUAUUGUUCACUUUCUUCAGAGAAAAUCAUCAAUGCUCGAUUUAUUGAGUCUUUAUUCUGCAACAUAAAAUGGAUGUAGAAAUUCCAGUACUGGCAGGCGUAUUGACUAUUCCGACACAGACUGGCUUCUCACUGAAUCGAAUUUCGAAAAAGAAACAACCGAAUCACAAACAUUGCCUACUUUUCAAAGCCAGUCAACAUGGUAUCGAACGUUUGGAAAUAUGCGACAAAGAAGACGACAAAAAUCCAAAAAUUAUAACAUUAGAAAAUUGUGUUAAGAUUACUCAAGAACCUCCGCCAGCUAGCCUAAUCCAUGUAGUAACUAAGAGUGGAACGUUAACACUAAAUGCGCUGAAUGAAAACGAUCUCAAAAAGUGGGUGAACGCCUUACAAAGUGUUGCAUUUAAGGACAAGGGCACAUUACCGCGAAACUCUGUCAUCGAGGAGGACAAUGAUCUCUAUUGUACAUCGUACAGCGAUGGCGUUUUCACCAUAAGACUUCAUUUGUCCGACACAUCUGUUAAAUGUAAUUUAGAAGCGAAAACGUAUGUGCUGCAUUUAACCACAACGGAAUUGCAACUUAAGGCGAUGGAAGAGAACAAUGUCGUCGUUGCGAAAUGGCCAUAUCGGUACAUCCGAAAAUAUGGAUAUCGUGAUGGGAAAUUUACUUUUGAGGCUGGAAGAAAGUGUGAUACGGGUGAGGGUGUCUUCAGUUUGGAACAUUCGAAUCCACAGGAAGUGUUUCGAUGCAUGGCUGCGAAAAUGAAGUCAAUGAAAAAAUUAAUUAGCGGCGAUAAUAUAGGCAGUUUGGAUCAACUGAAUGCUGCUCUGUCUAUGGAACCAGGAAGCCGAAGUCCGUUACCACCAUCACCCAAUCAUCAUAGCCAUUCCGAAAGUGAUCUAAAUCAAAGUGGACAUCUGAUUCGGGGUUUUCUGUCGUCAAAUGAUUCGCUAAACAAUGUGUCAACAUCGUCUAGUUCCAUUCCAUUAAUCAAACACACGCCUCACAAGCCACCGCGAAAAUCUCUGGGUGUAAUGGACAACGAAAAUCGUUCAACAAAAUCACAGAAAUAUUCAAAAUCAUUGUCACUAUCCACCGAAACGAUAAAAUCGGGCACAAUUGUUCUAAAAACGCCACCCGCAUCUGAAUCCAAUAAAACACUUCUGUCGUUAGUCAUUCCAACAUCUGAAUCCAUUACGGAAGUGCCGCCAAAGCUACCAAUACGUAACGAGAGUAAAACCAACGAUGAACGAGACUAUGAAUCAAUCGAAACCAUUACGAAUGCGUGGAAAACCAGAGGCAUCGACGACAUAAAACACACCGAACGAAUGACAACACCGGAAGACGAAAUUGUCGAUUUCGCAUGGCAACGCACACAAUCUCAGAUUGAUGGCUGUGACAAACGAAUAGUGAUUUCACCAGUCGAACCGGAUGUGACUAUGCUCGACGACAAUUACGAUCGAUUGGAAUUUUUCCCCACUAAAACUAAGACUUCUAGUGAUUAUAAAACUGUAGUAACUAUCAAUUCUACUGCAAUGAGACCGCAAACCACCACAGCAAAUGAUUACGAAAUUAUUGGUCCGGACAUUUCACCAUGUCGCUUAGCUGAUGACAGCUAUUUAGGAUAUGGUGUGCUAAGGAAGCCAAACACUUCACUGAAUUCGGUUUCGGACGACGAUGUGCUGGGACACCGUGAAUACAAUGGAUUAGAUUAUGCUAUAGUCAGCAAGCCGAAAAGGGUUUAAGCCAAAGAAUGGAAGUAAAUAUGAACGAAUUGAAGAAAAAAACAAUUGAAACGACCGAUCGAUUGCAAGAAAUGUCCGCAGCCUUAUGAGUAAAUCUUUUCGUCAUUACGGCAAUAUUAUAAUCAGUCUCUGCCGCUACAUUGAUAUAUUCGAGAGAUUUAGUUACUUAGAAGUUAAGAAAAUAUUAUUCUGGCAAUGAUGCUGAUUCACAGCCCCGAUGUGUUACUUUUAACUGAUUUUAAUUUAGAAUUUUACAAUAUCCAAUGAAAAACCAUCAACACUGCGUCGCAGGCUGUGUGUGUAGUCUACCUAAUUUUGAAUAUAAAUUGAAACCGCAACAGUUGGUCGGGUAAAAUUAAUUCAUUUUUGUUGUGACGAAAUCGGUGGCUCCAAUACAAUACUGUUGGCAGUAAAAUUUUGCGACCGGUUUCGUCGCAAUAGAAAAAAAAAUCCAAUCACUUCCACACACUACACAAACCCCCCAUCCAUCCAUCAAAAAAUUCAGUCUCAAAUUACGUUCGGAACAAUUUUAAGAAACGAAUUGUGCAAUACAGAUGAUUAUCACUUUGCCAUCAACUUCCUGAGACCAUUUUAAUCGACUAAGUCAGUUCGAGGUUUUAUUACCGACUAAAAAUUGUAAUCAAAAUGGUGUGCAAAAUUAGAAUCUAUUUUUCGAAACAGUCUAAAUACAGACACAAUUAAAUGCAUGUGGCCGUCUAAUAAGAAAACGGAAAAAAUUGUGAAAAAUAUGCCGGUUGUUAGUUCAUAGCGGUUAAAAUCCUAGAUCAAAUUAGUACAUGCCAAUUCGUUUAGACACCAGAAAAAUAGUCAAACAAUUCGUAGAAUUUUCAAAAGUGAAUCUAGAAUUGAGGAUCUGGCCUGUAGAAGUAAGUGUUGUCGUAGAAGCACGUCUCUCACAAACUUUUUUUUUUAAUUCAUUAAGUUUGAAUGCAAUAAAUUGAAAUUCGAUUCGGUUAAUAAUUUGUAGCUUAGUCACUGCGAUCAGCAGGACCAUUUACACAUUUUUCACGUUUUCUACUAGGCGGUGACAAACGUGCUGCGUUUUAAUUUUUACAUUUUUUGAUUUUUAUUUCGAAAUAAAACCGAACAAACCAAACACGAACCGCGAACCGCUGCCUCAGUUUAACUAUACUUCCUUUCAUCGGCGACAUUCAUGCAGUAAUCAGUCUUUUGUAUUAUGCCGUCCGUUAAAUUGAUGUCGCUUACAAAAAUAAAUGAAAUGACGCGAGAGCAAUAAUUUUCGUUUAAGAUUAAGGACCAACCACAUUGUGUAUUAACGUUUAGUCGAAAAGUGCCACAAUAAUUUUAAAUUAUUUACUUGAUCGUUUGUGUACUUAUUAUAAACAAUUGAAUAACAAUUAUAAAAAAGACCAUAUUUACAUUAAAACAA